CAAUUGUGAUUCUUUUCCUCUCCGCACCGCAGAUCUCUCUUUGUAGAAACACUGUACAUAAGAUUCCAAAGAAUCAAAUGAAUGUGUGUAAAUGUGUGUGUUCUGGUUUGUUUUCCACUUUGAAAAUUCGGAAAUUUACUACAAAUACAGAUGCAGUUAGAGUUAGAAAUCAGAGUUGCAAAUAGAGACAGAAACGUAUAUACUUUUGUAUCCAAUUAUAGCUUAGUGAGAGAGAGAGAGAGUUGACAGUCGCUGCUGAUGGGGCAGUGUUACGGUAAGACGAUCCCCGCCGAAAACGACGAUGGGUACCCCACCACCACCGCCGCCGCCGAUCUCCCUCCCACCGCCACUCCGGCGAGAUCCUCCGCCGCCAACAGCCCCUACCCCAGCGCCGCCGCCGUCUCUCCCUCUCCGGCGAGGUCCACGCCGAUGAGGUUCUUCAAAAAGCCCUUUCCUCCGCCCUCCCCGGCCAAGCACAUUAGGGCCUCGCUCAGGAAGCUGGGGCACAGGAAGAAGUCGCCCCGCCACGGCACCAUUCCGGAGGAUGCGCCGCCGCCGUCGCCGCCACAGCUCGAGCAGCAGCAGCAGCACGCGCUUGAUAAGAAUUUUGGGUAUAAUAAGAAUUUUGGGGCUAAGUAUGAGCUUGGGAAGGAGGUUGGCCGAGGGCAUUUUGGCCAUACCUGUUUUGCUAAAGGGAGAAAGGGGGAGCUCAAGGACUUGCCUCUUGCUGUUAAAAUCAUCUCCAAACCUAAGAUGACGACUGCAAUAUCCAUUGAAGAUGUUCGCAGAGAAGUGAAAAUUUUGAAAGCUCUCUCAGGUCAUAGACAUCUAGUCAGAUUUUAUGAUGCUUGUGAGGAUGCCAAUAAUGUAUACAUAAUAAUGGAGUUGUGUGAAGGUGGAGAAUUGCUUGACAGAAUAUUGUCAAAAGGUGGUAGAUAUACUGAAGACGAAGCAAAACUAAUUAUUGUUCAAGUUCUUAGUGUUGUUGCAUUUUGUCAUAUUCAGGGUGUCGUACACCGUGACUUGAAACCCGAGAAUUUUCUAUUUACCUCCACAAGUGAAGAUGCUGAUAUGAAGCUUAUUGACUUUGGUCUUUCUGACUUCAUCAGAACAGAUGAAAGACUAAAUGACAUUGUCGGAAGUGCUUAUUACGUAGCACCUGAGGUUCUUCAUAGAUCCUACAGUGUGGAGGCUGAUAUAUGGAGUAUUGGUGUCAUCACCUAUAUUUUGCUUUGUGGAAGUAGACCAUUUUGGGCAAGAACGGAGUCUGGAAUAUUCCGUUCUGUUUUGAGAGCUGAGCCAAACUUUGAGGACCUGCCUUGGCCAUCUGUUUCUUCACAUGCCAAGGACUUCGUAAAGCGACUUUUGAACAAGGAUUACCGGAAAAGAAUGACUGCCGCUCAAGCUUUAACUCAUCCUUGGUUGCGAAGUGAGAGCCAUCCAAUUCCGUUAGACAUAUUGGUCUUUAAGCUAGUGAAGUCGUAUCUGCACGCUACACCUUUUAAACGUGCAGCACUUAAGGCUCUCUCAAAGGCAUUGAGUGAGGAGGAGUUGGUCUACCUCAGAGCACAGUUCUUGCUUUUAGAGCCUAGUGAGGAUGGAAGAGUCUCUCUCGAUAACUUCAAAAAGGCUCUUGCACGUAAUGCUACUGAUGCCAUGAAGGCAUCUAGGGUCCCGGAUAUCCUCCACGCGAUGGCUCCAUUAUCUUAUAGAAAGAUGGAGUUUGAAGAGUUCUGUGCAGCUGCAAUCAGCACUUACCAACUGGAGGCCCUAGAGAGAUGGGAGCAAAUUGCUUCCACGGCUUUCGAGCAUUUUGAAGAGGAGGGUAACCGCGCUAUAUCAGUAGAGGAGUUAGCCCGGGAGCUGAACGUUGGGGCUAGCGCGUAUUCGAUGCUGAGAGAUUGGUUGAGGAGUGACGGCAGACUGAGUUUGGUGGGAUAUACUAAGUUUUUGCAUGGGCUCACCCUUCGGAGCUCAAACAUGAGACAUCAUUAGCUAAGCUUAGCUUAUCUUGAUUCUUGGUUUAGGAUUCUUCGAAAGGAAAUUAUUUUGAUGGACACAGAUUUUGCGCAUAAACUGAUCAUAAGAAUUUCAUGUACAAAUGUAGUAGGGGGAUGCCCCCUCUUUAGAAAGUUCAUACUUUUAUUUUAUUUUUUAUUUAAUCUUAUACAUUAUUCUUGAUAUAGUGAAUGGAGAUUUUGUGUUGA